UAAAGCGAGCCGGGGGAGGCGGAGAGACGCAGAGUUGCAGGAGCGGGGAUACCGAUCAGCAGCAGCCCGAGAAUUUCUAUUGAUUUACCCGGACCAGAGCUGAAAGUCGGUGCGGAAUAAAGGGCAAAGAAAAAAAGCUGCGGAUCAGAUUUUCUUCAGAUUCGUCCUGACUUCCUGCACUGUCGACAAAAAUUCGAUUUGACAAGAUGAGACUUCAGGUGAGGUUUAUCACCGGCGAUGGUUUCGAACUUGAUGUCGACGCUUCCAUUCGAGUGUCGACACUCAAGAUGAAAAUCCAGGAAAAGACCAACGUGCCCAUUUCCCAACAGCGUCUGAUGGUGCAAAAUGGCCAAAGCGUGGAGAUGCAGGACGACAGAAGUCUGAGCUACUACAACCUCAACCCCAGCCCCACCGUCAUGUUGCUGGUCAGGAAAGAGGAAUCCAUGCAGAUAUUUCUCCUGAAUGACAAGGGGAAAACCUCGACGUACGACGUGAUGCCCUCUGAGUCCGUGCAGAAGUUUAAAGAGCGGGUCCAUCGGCAGGAGGGGGUCAGACCCGACCAGCAGCGCCUGGUUUACGAGGGCAAACAGUUGGAGGAUGGGCGAUUGCUCUCCGACUACAACAUCAGACCACUAACCACCAUCUCUCUGCUGCUCCGGCUACGUGGAGGCUGAUUUACUCCUGCAGACGGUUGAGAAAACUGUGAUUAAAAAUAAUUUAUUGGUAUUUUAUUGCAUUCCUAUAUUCUGUCGUGAGCACUUUGUUACAUUAUCCUGUGUAUCUGCUACGUUCCACACUGACAUUCACAAGUUGGACAAAGGACCGAUUUCCGCUCUGUAUUAAUGCUGUACUGAUGGGGUGUCUGUCGGACAAUGACAUAAAUUCCCAUCGAGGUUUGUCGCUUGUCACCUUGUUGCCUUCUUAGCCUGGAAAACAUGGGUUGUCAGUUUUGCAGAGGCCAGAUAUUAACAAUAUCAAAGGAACUCUGGCAACCUGCACCUCCUCUUCAGAUCAAUGUAACUCCGAAUGGCUGAUCACAAUCUGAUGGUCUAUGACUUCCCACAUAAAAUGGGUCUCACUCACAGACCCAGAAAUAACUGCUGUGGCAAUUUCAAUUUACAAUGUUUUAAAACAAAUCCCAGUAAAAAGAUUGGGUUUGAUGGGGGAGGGGGAGAUGACUUAAGGACCUCAAAAAUUGUUUGCUUCAGUUACUGUGUUCUUCCAAUGGGUCUUGAUUUUCAUUUUAGCAUUAAAAUUUAAUGAAAUCAGAUUAGUUGAAGUUCUAAAUGUUUUGCAAUUUUCAUUGUUGAAAUUUCCAAUAUGAUUUGAAAUGAUUUUUUUUAAUAAAAGUCUAAAUGCAGGAAC